UUACUCUUAUCGCCUCAAAUUUCAACUGUCGUCCGUCAUCAUUAAGCCGAGCUAACAUUUCAUUUCACGAUUUUCGCCGUACACGUGGGACGUGAUGAUUGCUGUACUUAUUACUGACUACUUAAUGUUCUCAUAAUCACGUGGUUAUAGAUAUCAUUGCACACAAUGGAGGAACUGGCGUGCGUACGAUGCAUGAGCUCCAAGUUCAGAAAUCCGAACUUAGUUUUUAGUUACAACAUUUGCGGACAUUCAAUGUGUUCAAAUUGUAUCGAAGUCGCAUUCAUUAAAGGUUCUGGCCCAUGUCCAAAAUGUUUAACUCCUUUACGACGGAAUGGUUUUAAACUACAGCAGUUUGAAGACGCAGCAGUUGAUGUCGAAGUAGAAAUACGGAAACGAAUAUUACGUGACUUCAAUAAAACAGAAGAAGAUUUUGAUACUUUAGACGAGUACAAUGAUUAUUUAGAAAUGAUAGAAGAAAUUAUUUAUAAUUUGGUACGAAAUAUAAACGUUAACGAAACCAGAGAACGUAUUGAACAGUAUAAAAAAGAUAAUAAAGAAGCUAUUAUGAGAAAUAGAACGAAAUUAAAACGUGAAGAACAAGCUCUUGAAGAACUUAUCGAAGAAGAGAAAAUGCAUAGUCAGUAUAAGAGAGAUGAAAUAUUGAGGGAUGAGGUUGAACAAAGAAACAAGAAAUUAAGGGUGGAUGCAGAGUUGCUAGACAGUUUAGCUCGUUCCAAUUCAGACGCCAAAGAAAUUGUUAGUUCAUAUGCACAUAAAAAAGAAGAAAUCCCUAUUGCUAAACCUAAACCCAUGUCAAAACCAAUUAAUUUUACAAAUUUUUCGACUGGUAUAAAGUUCCAUCAAUCAUCAAUGCCUAUUCAAAUAAAAGAAGGACCUUUAUACAAGUAUGAACCGAUUACUAUUGAACUCUUCGGACCUCCUUGUCCAGAUAUAAAGCAAUUAGACAACAUGGGCUACAUGAAAUAUUUUAGAGAAGAGAGUGUACCAGAAAAAGCUGGUGGAUUCAUAAUCAAGACUUCUUGUUUGCAUUAUAUGCAAGAAUGUGCUGCAUCUUUAUUUGAAAGAAUGAAUGUUUAAUAAGAACAUAUAAAAUAGCUUUUAUACCACCGUUUGUGUUCGUUACCAAAAAUUUAUUUAAUACUUAAUUAUUACAUUAUAAGAGUAGUUAAAUAUAUUUUAAAACAUAA